CUUUACAGAAUAAAAAAGUGGUCUAUAUAUGCUAUGCUUAUUUGUGAGUUUGUGACAUUUUUCCUUACCAUAUAGUAGAAUCUGUCCCAAAAUAAGCCACCGAUUCUGAGCGCUCACUCACUAUCCUCCCUUCUGUUCAGUGCACCCCCACACACAUCACAUGAUUGAAAAUUAAUAUACUCCAGUCCUUUCCCAUUUACCUGCUUCUUCAUCAUUUAUCAUCUACCAACCACCCUCUCUCUCUAUCUCUGUCUCUCUAAAUGCUGACACACAACCACCGCCAUCACAUGGCUUCUUCACCUUCUUCAUUCUUCAACAUUUUCACUCUAUUCUUAUUACUAUUGCAACACUCCCCAAUCGUUGUAGUUGCAUUUACAGAAACUAGUCCACCCCCAACUCCCAUUCCCGAAGACGCAACCACCAUUGCUCAAUCUCAACCUCAACACACUGUUACACCAUUCAAACCAAGCGUAGCUAUUGUUAUUGGUGUUUUCACUAUCCUCUUCUCUCUCACCUUUCUCCUUCUUCUCUACAUUAAACACAUCAACAACAGCAACACCACCGGUGAGACAAUUAACAUUGACAGUAGUAGCUUUGUCGGCAGCGGCGGCGGAGUCUCGUCUUUUGCCGGUGGAAGGAAAAAUUCCGGUAUAGACCGAUCGGUAGUUGAAUCGUUGCCGAUUUUCAGAUUCGGAUCACUUACAGGCCAAAAGGAAGGUCUAGAUUGCGCGGUUUGUCUUUCCAAAUUCGAAUCUUCAGAAGUUUUACGUUUAUUGCCGAAAUGCAAACACGCAUUUCAUGUGGAAUGUGUUGAUACGUGGUUGGAUGCACACUCAACUUGUCCUCUUUGCCGUUACAGAGUUGAUCCUGAAGACAUUCUUCUAGUAAUGGAAGAUUCAUCUUCAUCGCAACAGAUUCAGAAUCAAAAAGAAGAAAAUGAUGAAUGUGUUGUGGAGAUUGAAAUUGAAAAAGGAAAAAUGAUGAGAAACGAGAUUGAAGAGUAUUAUCGAAAGAGACAUUCAUCGGUAGGGGAAAAAGAAUCCGAAAGAAAGAAAACGGCUUCGUUUAGAUGGUCUCUGGAUAGUUCUAGAAAGAAGAAUGAGAAUUCUGCUGGACUUGGGCUUGGGCUUGGGCUUGGUUGUUUUGUUGGCCCUGGGCCCAGAAAAGACGGGAUGUUGUUAACGAAAGAAGAAACGGAGACGGAGAGGAGGAGGAGGAGUAGCGUUGAACGGAGAAGAUUGGAGCAUAGGAUUAUUGUUUCACCUUCGAUUACGAAUAUAAGAAGUGGGCUCCACAAGAAUCAACGGUGGAGUGAUGUAGAAGCGUGUGAUUUGUUGUAUCUAACUUCAGAGAUGAUGAUAAUGAGUGAGUCACGGAGAGUGAAGCAUAGGAAUAAUGAUAGUAGUUGGAAUGGCAGAGGUGUAAUUAAUGAGAGAAGUGUGUCUGAAAUCACGGGAUUCACCAGGUUUCAAACCAGCAACACCAACAAGCAAUAAUAAUUAAUAACAAUGCCUUGGAUUUGAUUUUUUAGUUUCAUAUACAGGACCACCAUCUUGUUAUUUAUAGUGCAUAAUUGAUAUCAUGAUACAUUUGUCAGAAUCACAAUAGCUCGGCAUGAGUUAGUGUGAUUGCAACAAAACUAUCGUGAUACAACAAAUAGUCGGCAUCUAAUUUAAAAAGGAGAAACUUUUGUGUGUUCUGGACUUACCAAUGUACUAUACCCGGCCGCUCACUGAACUGGACCUGCCACAUUGUUUGUUGAUGCAUUUGUAUCUUACCGUAGCUUAUCGGUUAGUACAAACUUAGCAUAUAAUUUCUUAUUGAGAAUCUAACACAACAGAAUAGUAGUAUAAAAGUACUGUACCUUUCUUUAUUAUAUAUUAUUAUUUUCAGAAAGUA